AUGGCGACUUUCACACACAAAGACGAAACCGUUCUCCGAGGAGCACAACGCACUGAUUUCAACUUUGAUGACUUGGAUCACAAGAAUAUACCGCUAGAAGAGAAAGAAUGGCCUGUCAUCAUCAUCGGCUCGAGCAUGGUUGGGAUGACACUGAGCAUCUUGCUAGGAUACCACGGAAUAAAAUCCAUUUCAUUUGACCGACAUCCUUCUACAGCGACUCAUCCCCGUGCGGCACUAUUCCUGUUACGUACGAUGGAGAUAUUCAGGCAAUUAGGCCUGGAUAAUGAGAUGGAGACAGAAAGCGCGUCCGACUUUGACUUGAACGCGGGAAUGUUGAUGGUUGACAAACUCAUUGGAGGAAAGGUUCUCGCUAGAAUGCAAGAAGCAGACCCAAUUGAAACGGCAAAAAUCACCCCAUGCAAACGGCUUUGGUUAACUCAGAACAUGUUCGAGCCCUUGCUACGUCGGGAGGCGUACCGUUUCGGCGGAGAACAAAGUUUCGGAACGCGCGUGGUGCACUAUGAAGAGAAACAAGACGAAGUAAUUGUGGUUUGCCAAGAUAUUGAGACGGAAAAGUACACGAAGUAUAAGACAAAGUAUCUGGUUGCCUGCGAUGGGAACCGGAGCGCUACUCGGCGGAAGGAGGAAAUUGAGUGGCAUGGGCCGGGUAUCUUCGGCAACAAUCUUUCGAUCAAUUUCAAAGCUAACCUAACGCCUUUCCUCGGUUCCCGGGCUGUCCACGGUGUCACUUAUGUGAACAACAAAGAUGUAUCUGCAGGAUUUCGACUAGAAAAUGGUGGAAAAAAAGGAUUCAUGAUUGUCUCCAGGACUGGAGAUAAGGAGGACUUUGAGCCUGACUCGAUCACCGCAGGAGAGGCACGGCGUGCAUUCUAUGAUGCUUCUGGUCUAGAUGAAAGUUUUCCAUUGGAACUUGAGUCAAUUUCUUAUUGGACUGUCGCGGCUCUUAACUCGGACAGAUACUCCAGUACAAGUGGUCGGGUAUUCCUUGCCGGUGAUGCAGCGCACGUAAUGCCCCCAACUGGAGGGAUGGGUGGGAACACGGGUAUCCAGGAUGCAUACAAUAUUGCGUGGAAGUUGGCCUACGUGAUCGAUAAAAAGGCUUCGCCGACAUUGCUGAAGUCCUACACAAUUGAGCGACAACCUGCAGCGGAAGCAACCAUGAAACAAGCAUUUGCCCGAUUAGCGAAUCGGGUGCUCAGAGAGCAGAAUAUUGAUCACGAGAAGGAAUUGCCAGACGACACUUGUGAGCUUGGUUAUCAGUACCCUGCGGGUGCCUUUGUUUUUGGAGGCACUUCCUCUCCUUCCUCGGUAUGGGAUGACCCACACAACCCCAAUAUCAGAAUUGGGGGUAGGCUCCCGCAUGUUGAGCUUUGUGAUAAGUCUAGACCAGGAGUCAGCAUCUCUACUUUGGAUCUUAUAAAAACCAACUUAGUCCUGUUGGUUGGUGGAGAACUGGCUUCCUGGCGGGAAGCCACAUCUUCACAAACUGUCCAGGUUGACGUUUAUGAAAUUUCCGAGAAUUCGAGUCCUGUUUCUGAUCUGAAUGGCAAGUUUACAGCAAUUUCCCAGCUUGGGAUUGGAGAAGGCCUCCUUGUCCGGCCGGAUGGCUUAGUCGCUUGGAGAGGCAAAGAAGCUGAGAGACAAGGAAAACCUGCUACGCUCAAGGCCGUCCUUGAACAUGUUCUUGGACUAAGCCAUUAA